GGCGGUCCAUUUCCUGCAGAUCACGUGCCUGCCUCUGAGACCGAGGGUUAAAUAGCUGGGACCAGAAUUCUUCUUCACAAUGUCCAUCAUGGCCCAAUCUCUAGAGGACAUGGCCGAGGAGCUCACAUGCCCCAUCUGUCUCUGUCACUUCUCCACCCCAGUGUCCACCCCAUGUGGGCACAACUUCUGCUCUGAGUGCCUGGAGCUCACCUGGAAGGGGGAGAACAGGGAGUACAGCUGUCCCCAGUGUAGGUGCACCUUUGACAGGAAGCCAGACCUGAUGAAGAACACCUUGCUGAGUAACCUGGUCAGUAAGAUAAUGGAGGCCAAGGCUGACCGUGAGCCCAAGGAGGAUGUGAUAGUGGAGGAGGUUGUGGAUGAGAAGAGGGUUGAGGAAGAGAUUGUGCUCUGUGAUCACUGCAUGAAGUUGGAAGCUGACAAGACCUGCCUGACCUGCAUGGCCUCCUUCUGCUAUGAGCAUCUUCAGCCCCACAUGGAGAUCCCAUCUUACAGGGACCACCAACUCAGGAAGCCCCUGGCAGACCUCCAUAUGAGGAAAUGCAUGGAUCAUGGCAAGAUCCUGGACUACCACUGCUGGGACCACUCCAAGAGCAUCUGCUGCUACUGUCUGGCCGACCACAAGCAAUGUCGGACUGACAGCCUACAGGAGAGCAAGAUCAAGAAGGCGGUAAGGUCUUCUCUAACUUCCAAUGUAUCACCUCACCUACCUCACAGUAUGUCACCCUCCUUACCUUCCAGUGUAUCACCUCACCUACCUCACAGUAUGUCACCAUCCUUACCUUACAGUGUAUCACCUUCCCUACCUCACAGUAUGUCACCCUCCUUACCUUCCAGUGUAUCACCUCACCUACCUCACAGUAUGUCACCCUCCUUACCUUCCAGUGUAUCACCUUCCCUACCUCACAGUAUGUCACCCCCUUACCUAACUGUGUAUCACCUCACCUACCUCACAGUAUGUCACUCUCCUUACCUCACAGUGUAUAACCUCACCUACCUCACAGUAUGUCACCCUCCUUACCUCCCAGUGUAUCACCUUACCUACCUCACAGUAUGUCACCCUCCUUACCUUACAGUGUAUCACCUUCCCUACCUCACAGAAUGUCACCCCCUUACCUAACUGUGUAUCACCUCACCUACCUCACAGUAUGUCACCCUCAUUACCUCACAGUGUAUUACCUCACCAACCUCACAGUAUGUCACCCUCCUUACCUCCCAGUGUAUCACCUCACCUACCUCACAGUAUGUCACCCUCAUUACCUUACAGUGUAUCACCUUCCCUACCUCACAGUAUGUCACCCCCUUACCUAACUGUGUAUCACCUCACCUACCUCACAGUAUGUCACCCUCAUUACCUCACAGUGUAUUACCUCACCUACCUCACAGUAUGUCACCCUCCUUACCUCCCAGUGUAUCACCUCACCUACCUCACAGUAUGUCACCCUCCUUACCUCCCAGUAUAUAACCCUCCCUACCUCACAGUGUCACCCCCUUACCUUACAGUGUAUCACCUCCCUACCUCACAGUAUGUCACCCUCCUUACCUCCCAGUGUAUCACCUCACCUACCUCACAGUAUGUCACCCUCCUUACCUCAGUGGCAUGCCCCUCACCACCUCACAUUAUGUCACCUUACCUUACAGUGUGCCUCCCUACCCCUAACAGUAUGUCACCCUCCUUACCUCACAGUGUAUCACCUCACCUACCUCACAGUAUGUCACCCUCCUUACCUUACAGUGUAUCACCUUCCCUACCUCACAGUAUGUCACCCCCUUACCUAACUGUGUAUCACCUCACCUACCUCACAGUAUGUCACCCUCAUUACCUCACAGUGUAUUACCUCACCUACCUCACAGUAUGUCACCCUCUUUACCUCCCAGUGUAUCACCUCACCUACCUCACAGUAUGUCAGCCUCCUUACCUCCCAGUGUAUAACCCUCCCUACCUCACAGUGUCACCCCCUUACCUUACAGUGUAUCACCUCCCUACCUCACAGUAUGUCACCCUCCUUACCUCCCAGUGUAUCACCUCACCUACCUCACAGUAUGUCACCCCCUUACCUUACAGUGUAUUACCUCCCCUACCUAACAGUAUGUCACCCUCCUUACCUCACAGUGUAUCACCUCACCUACCUCACAGUAUGUCACCCUCCUUACCUCACAGCGUAUUACCUCCCCUACCUCACAGUAUGUCACCCUCAUUACCUCACAGUGUAUCACCAUUACUACCUCGCAGUAUGUCACCUUCCUUACCUCACAUUGUAUCACCAUCCCUACCUCACAGUAUGUCACCCCUUUACCUUACAGUAUAUUACCUCACAGUAUGUCACCUUCCUUACCUCACAGUGUAUCACCUCACCUACCUCACAGUAUGUCACCCCCCCUUACCUCACAGUGUAUCACCUCCCCCCCGUCCCCUACCUCAGAGUGUUUAGAUUGGCAGUGUAAGGAUUUAUAUCAUGUGCUAUACUUUAUUUUAAUACUAGCACUAGCUAGAUUUGCAUGUUAGUCUGUUUUUGUUAAAUGAAUGACUAGUGUAACUAAUAGACUAUUGUUACAUUUUGGGGCAUUCUUUGCUUUAUCCUCUCUAUCUCCCUCUGAGAAGCUGCCAAGUUAUGAGGCUGUGUAUUGGACACUUAUUUGAUCUAUGCUGUUGUGAUCAAUACCUGUUUGUUUGCUGCAGAGUAUUAAUGUGUGUCUCUGCAUUACUGUUAGCUCCUUUUCUGUAGAACAACAUUUAGAUGACAUUGCAGUUCAAUUCAUUUUUAAACAUUUUUUAUUUUUAUACAUAUAUAUUUAGUUUUCUUUUAUACUUGUUUUGAGCUUUUUAGAGUAUUUGAACAUUUCUUUAAAAAAUAAAAAAGGUUUAUAAUAUCUAUUUGGAACGUCCAAAUAAGUCAUAACAGUAGCAUGUAACGUGUUUCUGGUUUCAUUUCAGGGUAGAGACAUGUUAGUGUUUUAUUACUUCUGUUAGGGCUACAGAUUGUUACCUGCAAUUAUCAUUACACUCCAGCAGGUGGCACUUGAUAAAUGGUAGCAUCUAUACACCACUGGCAGAGUGGGCUAGGUUUUCUAUUAAUCGGCUACUUAAAAGGUCACUCCAAGCAUCAUACAGCCCGCUUUAGUGGUUAUGAACAAAGAAGGAUUAAGAUCCCACAGGUCCUAAGCAGGUUACCCGUUCAUGCUUCACAUACGGAUGGUUAAUGGGACCAAGUAAAUUCAUAGUUCUGGGCCAUAGGGGGCUGCCUGGUGUCAACUUAUUGUUAAUCCUGUCCUGUUUAUGAUGCCAGACGUGUCCUGGUGCCCCAGACACGUAGGGUCCUUAAUGGAGUUUGAUGUGCACCCAGUUCUUGCAGAGCUGCAGAAUGUCAAUCUAGACAACCUUUCAUUGGCUCACAGCAUCAUGCUCCCCCCUCUCUGUUAAUGAGUGCGUUUCUGGGCACAGAGCACAGCCCCAUGUAACGGGCUGGAUAAUGAUGCUCCAGUGACAGGGGUUAAACUGUGUAUGUGCAUCGUUUCAUGGCUAAACUCUGCACCUAUAAACUCCAGGUACCAUGACCACUUCAAAUCACUGAAAUGGUCAUGUUGCCUGUAAUAACCCUUUAAGUGCAGCUGAUUUCCUUCCAAGCCAUACGGAGACUGGCUGAGAAUGAUGGUAGCUGGCAUUCAUAGAUUUAAGAGUGUGCUGAAUUCGGUCUCAUUUAGAAGUUAGGCUGGAAGUAAUGGUAGAGCUUACUGCGUUAUGGUUUUGACAUUACGUCUACAAUAUGUCUAAGAGUUACGGGAUACAGGGUUAGAGUUUGGAAAAGGAUUUUGGGAGUUGGAGUUAGAUAUCAGGGUUAGGCUAAGUAUGAUUGGAAUUCCACAGUACUGUGGAUUGCAACAACCACCAGGAAGCGCCCAACUGAGUAUGAUGGUGAUUGCAGUCUGCACAAUAUGGAGAGCAGGAAUAGGAGGUUACAGCCAAACAAAUAUGGGCCAUAAAAGCACCCAUUCAGCUAUCUCAAACAGAACAGAAUGAAAUUGUCGAUACGUGGCAGAAUCGCCCUGUAUGUACAUUUGAGAAUACCAAAUAGACAACCAACCCUGAUAGAGCAUCAUGGGAAAUGUAGUUUACAACUAUUUGGAGUGCAAAGUUAGACAGCACUGGUAUGGUUGCUGGUUUCAAGGUCCGUUUCUACCAUUAAACAUGAAAAAGUAUAAACUGUUUGACGAAUAUGUUGUUGUUUUUUAAAAACGUGAUCAGUGUUAUUCAUCGACAUCCAAUCUCUUACUUAACAGUUGGAAAUUAAAAAAUUGCUGCGAACGUUAACGGAGAAAAUAGCCAAAGUUUCAAAUGUGUCCGACGGUGUUAAGAACGCAGAGAAAAAAGUGAUGGUGAGUUUAGGGAUCUGAUGUUUUAGCAUUGGAAUGAUAUAUAUCGAGCAGCCAUAAAAUGCACACAGCGUAAAAGUUCAUAUGUAAAGAGUUUUGAAUGUUUAUUAAAACAAGGUUCAUGUGGUUUUAUUUUUGUUUCCCCAUAACCAUGACACAUAGAAAAGAAGAAAACCGAAAAAAAUACAACUCAUACAGGGUCAUUGUCGAAAGUGUGAAUUGUUGCCAAUUUAAAGGGAAUUUAACCUUUUAGGCCAAAAUAGUCAAUUUGGAAAUUUUCUCUAAGUCAGCUUUACUACCAGUUCGAUUACUUUGGGCCGGAGGGGCAGGACUCCAAAAUGGGGACUGCGUUAAUGAAUAAUGAAAUCAUUAAAUUACGAACUGCAGCGGUGACUAUAAUGGAAUUGUUUUUAAAUUUUUCCAGAUCAGCUAUUUUUAGCCUUAAUUGUUUUUUUGUCUGAUUUUGGUUUGACUCUUUGGGGCUAACAUUUUAAAUUCUCUUCAAAUUCCCAACAACUCGCAUUUUAACAAAAAACCUUUGCAGUUUAACCACCAAAUGUGUUUUAUGCUAAUUUCGCCACAUUCGCAGCACUCUUCUUGCGGUCAGCAUAUAGAAAGGGACAAAAGGGGAUGCAUUCGGUGUAAUAUUGUUGAGUAUAUAGGCUAAACAUAAUAUAGAAAGAGAGAAACAAAAUAAAAUUGCCCCCAUGGAACUUGGCUGUAACUGUUGAUAGAUUCUGUGUACACAUUUAAAUAUAAAAACUGUGAAUGGUUGAAUGGUAAAUUGUAAGUGUGGCUCCUUGUUUCACAUUUUCGUGGGUAUCCUGAUAAGCUGACAUAUUAAAUACUCUGUUAUAUACAUCGUAUAACUUUUAUCCUGAUAUACACUAUUAAAAACCAAAGAAAAUAGUUACUUGUGCACUAUCCCAAAUCCCUAUCCAUAUUUAAUAUUUUUAAUAUCACUCCAAUUACCAUUUUAAGUGUAAGCUCACCUGUCACAGAGCUUCAGGAAAGCUUAUUUGGACCCGAGCAAUGGAUGUUCAGAUUGAACAUGUAAUGCAAAGCAGUAUCAAGCUUUUCAAAUCAGAGCAAAGAUAUUGCUCUAGAAAAUGUGAGUUUCCUGAGAAUUGUAUUUCCGGGAGUAAUAUGGGAGGUUUGGCAACCAGCGCUGUAUCUACUGCCAUUGAGCUAUUAGAUUGUCAUUAGCGCUAUUUGCUUAAGGGGAAAAGGAGUUCUGUAAUUUAAUUUAACAUGUAAUUAUCCUAGGAUACCACAAAGAGAAAGAAGGAUCUUUUGGAAGGAGAAUUUGAUGAAAUCAAAGCGUUGAUUCAACUAGAACAAAGAAAAGCCAUGAACAAAAUCGAAGAGGAAGAAAAGAAAGUUAAAAAUAAAUUUCUAUUCACUUAUAAUAUCUUGAGUAAAAAACAACGAGAAUUUGAAACGUUUAAGGCAAAAGUCGAGUCUCUAUUGCAGCAGGAUGAUGACCUGGAGUUUCUCAAGGUGAAUUAUUUUAAUAAUUAAUUGAAUUUGAUAUUUUGCAUUGUAACAGUUAGAGUAUAGUUAUAUAUUCAGAAACGCACAUUAUGUCAAAGUACAUGUAAUAACCUGUGUUUAUUGAAUGAUGUGUGAGUGCCCAACUUCAAGAGUAACACUGAGGUCAUGUUGAAACUAGCCUAAUCCUUUCUAAUGCCAACAUCAGUAGGAUGGCACAACAUUGUAACCCUGCACAAUGAUCACUUAAACCAAACGCCCGCUGACUUUUUAGAUAUAUUUAUUAAUUAAUUUAUCUUGGAUUGUUUUAUUACACAGAGUGCAGCAAAACUACAAGACACAACAUCCAAAGAUCCGUUCAAACCAAAUAUUGAGUUUGACGAAAACCUUCUGCAACAAAUCUAUAGAAAUACCGUCUCACUGAAAGAAAUCCUAAAAAACAAAGUUGAACAUCCAGGUGAGGUACAACACAUUGUAAAUAAUCUGCAUCUAAUAAUCUGCAUCGAUUAACAGGCAUUUGAUUGUUCGACACAGUUGAACGGGAUAUGGGCUCAAGUCUAUUAAUUUGUACCGGGUAUAGUCUAAUAAUUUUCCGGUAUAAUAAGUAUUUUUUACUAAUAAAAGAAUAAGAUUUAGUGAUUGAUCAGGUGGUCAUUGUUCCUUCAGGUGAAAUUCCAGAACAGAAUUGUCCUCCUUUAGUGCCAAGGGACCCACGAGGCAGGGAAAGUGAAUUCAAGCAACGUAAGUGAAAUAAGUGAUUUAUUAAACAUCGUAAUACUUCUAUAUCAAGGAUACAGAUUAUACAAUAUGCAUCUUACUGUGACAAAAUUUGUCCUUGGCAAUUUGUCCUGGGAUUGACAUAAGCACACAGGAGUCUGAUCUCUAAACACUGAAUGGCAGCUGAACAACAGUCGAAUGGAGCUUGGUUGUCACGAUUCGGCUGUUUUUAAACGUGUGGCUCUUCACAAAAGACACAUGUGGUUAUUUCAACCGAAUUAGGUCUUUGGUUUGUUUGUCUUUGGAUCUCUGUAUAAUCCGGGUGAUUUGAAUAUUGACAGUCAACUAAAUUGUCCCAAUUCCAGAGAUGAUAUAGGCCUGGAGAAAUUGCAUCUUAAACUCUAAGCCUCUAAUCCUUACCCACUCUUCUGCUACUCCAAACACCCCUCACAAUCUAAGCAGCUCCCCAACACUAAAUCCUCCCCCCAAUUCUGGCUGUUACAUUAGUGGUAUCUUUUUUUUUUCCGGUAGCGGUGACAUUCGGUUACAUUCGACUACAAUUUCUUUUGGAAUUCGAUUCAAUUUUGCUAUUUGAGCUAUUUUCAAAUUAAUUUCCCAGCAGCACUGCAAUCCAUUCGGAACAGUUUGGUUACAAAUCUCACUGCAUCAAAUGGCUGCAAAUCACUACUUUAAAAAAUUUAUAUGUUUGUGGUUUAAAAAAAUGAAUCAAUUUGUUCAUCCAUCGAUUAACAGGCAUUUGAUUGUUUGGCACAGAUAAAUGGGAUUUGUGCAAAAGUCUAUCAAUGUGUACCCAGCAAAGUCUAUUAAUUUGCCAUCCCUCUCUUUAAUACAACUCUUUCACUUGCAAACAUGAUCGGUAAAAUAAGUCUUUUCUUCUAAUAAAAGAGUGAUGAGUUACUGACUCUGAUCUGGUGGUCAUUGUUCCUUCAGGUGAAAUACCACAAAAGAAUCGUCUUCCUUCAGUGCCAAGGGAACCACAAAGCAGGGAAGGUGAAUUCAAGCAACGUAAGUGAUAUAAGUUAUUUAUUAAACAUCAUAUUAAUUCUCAAAAUAAUUGCAAAAUGGCAUAUAAUGCACAUCUUGCUAAACCAUCUCUAAUGCCUAUAAAAUAAUAUAAAGUCUACUUUCAUGAUCAGAUUUGUUUUUUUGUUUUUUUUUUACAAAAUAUGAUUACACAUACUAAGUGUGUCAAUUCUUACAAAAUACCACAUCACUAAUCACUAGUGAUUACUUAACUGCUUUCAGUUAAAUGGACACUAUAGUCACCAGAACAACUACAGCUUAUUGAAUUUGUUUUAGUGAGUAGAAUCCUUCCCUUCAGGCCUUUUGCUGUAAACACUGUCUUUUCAGAGAAAAUGCAAUGUGUACAUUACAGCCUAGUGAUAACUCCACUGGACACUCCUCAGGUAGCUGCUAGAGGUGCUUCCUGGGACGGUGCUGCACAGUGUGACUGCCAUUUCAUUGAGAUUCAUUGAUUCAAUUCCAGGGCUGUGUUUGGCGUGUGCUGGCUCUGCCCCUGAUCUGCCUUCUUGACAGUCUCAACCAACCCUAUGGCUUAGAGAAUCACUUCUGAUGAUGUCAGCCAAGCAGGCAGACCAGGGGCAGAGCCAGCACACGCCAAACACAGCCCUGUUCAUAAAUACCCCUGCAAAUGGUAACCUACCAACCCACUGCAAAUACCUCACUACAAGGCACAAGGUUUUAUUAAAGGCAUAUAAUUGUAGUGAGCUGAAAUCCAAAUGGCGGAAUGUAGGGAGAAAUAGCUGAUUUUGAGAAAAUCUCCAACUCUGCUAUAGUCACAGCUGAGCUAUUUUAGCCUACAGUUUGCUAAUUUGUAGUUCAGUAGUUAUUAUGGUAUGUUAAUAUUCCCACACCUCUGCUGCUAUGUGUGUACUAUUGUUGGCUACUGAUGAUAAUUGGUAGCCAUUCUUGGUUAUCUAGGUCAUCAAAUUCUCUUAUUACUUUCUAGAUGAAUUUGCAGAAAGGAAAUAUGAACCUCUAAGGCCCAAGAAACCUGAACAUGAGAAGAAACCUAAAAAACGUAGGUCAUAAACAAUGGUUGUUGUGGUAUAUCAUCACAUAUUGUUGUGUUUGAAAAGCAAUGCAAAAUGGUAGCUGACUGGUUUGACAAUAUUUUGGUUCCACUAUUAGAGGAGCACUCUAACCACCAAAACAACUUUGUCUUAGUGAAACAGUUUUGGUGUAUAGAUCAUGCUAGAUCAUGCUCCUGUAGUCUCAUUUCUCAAUUCUCUGGCAUAUAGGAUUUAAAUCACAUUUGCUUUUGUUUGUGUUUGUGCAGCCCUAGCCACACCUCCCUGGCUGUGACACACAGCCUCCAUAAAAAUAAAAAAAGUUAAUUUAUCAAUCAAGUCUUGCAUCACAGUGUGUUUACUUUAGAAGUUUCUAUAAUCUGCUCUGUUAAUUGAAUUUUAAUCACACACAGGCAGCUCAUGUAGGCUAUUAACAGAGCAGGAAACAAGAAAAUAUAAAUGAAACAGACUGUGCAAUAAAGGAAGUCUAAACAUUAGAUGACUCUUUACAGGAAGUGUUUAGGAAGGCUGUGCAAGUCACAUGCAGGGAUGUGUGGCUAGGGCAAUAAACAAAAUAUUAAAAAAGUGAUUUUAACUUUUUAAGUGAUUUAAGUCUUUUGUUAAGAUGUAUCUAUUGCAAGUGAUUGUCACUGGAUCAAUACCAGAGGAAUUAAUGUUAAAAACAACCAAUAAAGACUGACAAAAAAAUACCCAACAAAGUCUUACAAAAUACAGACACAAACCCUGUAUUUAGUGGGCUAUUUUUACGCUACCUUUUAGGCCACCUAUGACCGUAGCCAGUUUCAGUGCCUUAUAGUAGGACAGAGCAAUGCUAAAUUCCUAGAGAGUUCCAGGCCUCUAACAGAUAAAUUUGUAUGAUUAUACUGACUGUCAAUGGUACUUAAUGGGUUAGGAAUAAGGACUAUCCCUUUAAAUAUAUAGAUAACCCCACGUUUGGAAACCAGGACUGCCAAAUGUUCUUCAAUUUAAAUGGAGAUUUGGCCUAUUCCUUACUCACAAGGCUAUUCAACUGGAAAUAUUUGUUAUGGACAAAAAUUUCCAAAUAUGAAAUUUUUUUCACAGCUCGACCAUUUAGGCAUUUAGGCGUGGAAUUUGAAAUUCUCUUGUUUGACCUUUGUAAUUCCUGUUUUAACUAAAAAGAUCUUCUGCUGUUGUAAACAUGUAAAACAUGACCCGUUCAGUUGAUGAGUUUUUGUGUUUAAUUAAAUAGUAUUUUUUAUAUUAAAAUAUACCUUAUUUUUUCCCAAGCGAGGAAUAAAAAGACUCCUGCAGUGGCAGCGGCUUCGGCUUCGGCAACAGCUUCGGCAACAGCUUCGGCAACAGCACAAGUAGAAGCUGUAGCGAAAACAUCACCAGGUCCAGUCAUUCCAACGAGAGAAGAACUCCUGCAAUGUAAGUAUAAUUUAUCUAUAACACUAGAUGGUGCUUAUUAUUCACCAGCUGGAAAUUCUGGGGUAUUAACAAUGAAUUGUUUUAUUAUUAUUCUUUUUUUUAAAUUUCAUUAUAUACUUAAUUUCACCAUGUCACCCAUGUCUGUGUAAAAUAAUUAUUCAAGUUAGUUAGUAGUUAGCUGCUAAAUAAAUUGUAUUUAUUUGACCCCGUAUCCAGCUGCUUAUAUUUAGUUUUUAUCUGUUAAAGGGACAGCGUAGGCACAGUAGCUGCUUCAUCUCCUUGAAGUGGUUAUAGUGUCUGGAGUCCCCUGGCGCCAUGCUUCCAGUCAGCAUUAAACAGUUUUAUCAGGGUUAUUCACUAAAUUAAGAAUUAAAGGUUAAUUUCAAAUUUAAGUUAAAAGUAGCUGACAUAUAUAUUCUCAAGUCUUAAAUCUUCUCACAUUAGUUAUUAACCCUGUUAAUGGUUUAAUGCUAAACAAGAGACCCAGCAGCCCAUCAUGCCCUCUGUACUGCUUGGUCUAAUUAAAAAACACUAGCCUGAGCAGCAAUGGUUGGCUGUGAUUGCCUGAGAGAGUCAGCUGACUGUUUUUAGCCUAUCACAGCAUCCAUUGCAGGUAUGAAUUGGUAUGGCUUAUGAGGACGUGUGUAAUUUCUACCUUAACCACACCCCCAGUAGAGGUGGGGCUAUGGGUAGCCUGGAACCCUUAUUCAGUGUUAAACUGUUCAAAAAUGGUUUCAACACUGACUGGAGGUACAGUGCCAGGGGUACACCAUGCACUAUAACCAAUUCAAUGAGAUGAACAGAGUGAAGAAAGAGGGGUAAAAUAAGGCUCUUAGCAUUAUUAUUAUUCUGUUCUUUUUUUCUUUUCCAUAGAUGCUGUGCGUCUUCAAGUGGACAUCAAUACUGUUCACAAAAGGGUUUUACUAUCCAACCAAAAUACCAAGCUGACCAUUAGUGAUAGACCCCAAGAUUACCCAGAUAACCCCCAAAGAUUCAUACAUUGCUCUCAGGCUCUGUGCUCGACUGGCUUUUCAAACGGCCUCCACUACUGGGAGAUAGAACUCCAAGGUGGCAACUUCAGUGGCAUAGGUGUAGCCUACGAGAGCAUCGCCCGUACAGGGGUCGAGAGCCGUCUAGGGCGCAGCAAAGCCUCCUGGUGCAUUGAGUGGUUUAACGGGAAAUUGCAAGCCUGGCAUAACAAUAAACAAACGGAUCUUCCUGCACACAACACUAGCAAAAUCGGGGUUCUGCUCAACUGCAAUGAAGGUUUUGUUACCUUUUUCUCUGUUGCAAAAAAAUUCUGCCAGAUUUACAGGUUCAAAGCAAAAUUCACUGACAUUGUCCACCCAGCAUUUUGGGUAUUUUCUAGUAACACCACCUUGUCCAUUAGUUCCUUUUCCUAAUGCAGUGUGGGGUACCUGGCAUGAGAUCUUGGCUGUGUUCUCUGUAUAUUCUAGAGCACCAACAGAUUUUGUAGAGUUUGAGAUGUUAUAUUGAAGAGUAUUAAAAGUCUUUAAAGGGAACCUAUAGUCCCCUUCUAUCAAUGUGAUCGCCAUUCACCUUUAAUCAGUACUGGUUAAUCUUAAUAUAGAUUAUUCACCUUGUUUCCAGUGCAGAGACUUCUUUGCAGCAGCCUCCAGUUCUGCUUCUGUCAACAGCAUCUCUGCUGACAUCACACGUGAUCUUGUUCAAUCCAAUGCUUCUCACUGAGAAGCAUUGGGGACGGCAAUACAUGCGCAGCAAAAAAUGACAGGACCUCUUCAAAGCUAAACUUGAUGUCUCUUUUCAAACUAUGUAACCAUGUAAGACCAUUUCAUUGAGAUGAAGUGGUCUGGCUGACUGCGGUGGACCUUUAAUUAGAUAAAAGCAACAAACCAAACUAGCAAGUCUGAGAAAUUUGCUUGCAAGCUUACAAUCUACAGAUAAGCCUGUAUAAUAAUUAUAAGGGCCCUACCUGAAACCUUACAAUCAAAAUUGAUUCAGUAAUUAUUGAUUACUCUGCAUUUGAGUGUAUAGUUUUGGGGAAAAAAAAUUCUACAAGCUUUUCGACUUUGAUGACCUUGCCAGCACGCUUAUAACUAAUGUAGGUUAUCAAUGGACUGCUUGCAGAUUUACAAUCUAUACAAUAUUUAUAAAUGAUCCAUAGGUUUUCAGGGCUCAGCAUGCAGACUAGAGUUUUAAAAACUGAGUAGGUUUUAAAAACUGAAAUAUUGAGGGCUCAGCGUGCAAGUUUAUAAACCGGUACCGUAAGCUUUGAGCAUCAUCAAUACAAUCCUAACAUUUAGAUUUUAAGUCUUCAAGCUUAUUAUUGAUAAAUAAAUUGAUCCAGUUUGUUGGUUUUGAGGGCUGUGCGUGCAAGUUUACAAUCUAGGCAUAAACUGAUACUGUAGGUUAAGGAUGACCUUGUCUGCAAACUUACAAUGCAAAAAGAAAAUGAAGCAGUAGGUUUCGAAGGCAUUUUUGCAGAUUUAUAGUCUAGAAAUAAACUGAUACACUUGCUUGGUUUUGAGGAUUCUGACUACAGGUCCAUAAUCUACAGCAGUGGGACGUGUCUGUACGAAGUGAUAAAGUAUUACUACAACAUCCACAUCAUUUCCCCAAGUUUGACCGUGUUGACUUGCCGUUGACGUCUGCCGUAACCACUGCUCAGUAGAGGCAUUCUGCCAUACUCCGUUGCCGAGUUCUUCUGGUAAAUGCCACGUUGAUAUUUGUAGAAUUAUCAGCUAACUGUGUUUAGUGCCCGUAAUUCACAAAGUCGUCAGUUGCUACAGAAUGGCAGAUGUUUAAGAUUACGAUUUAAUUGGCUUCAUGACAUUUACUGGGAUAGAAGGUUUUAUAUUGGAGCGAACAGUAUUUGUGUAUUGCUAAAACGUUCCAUUCUACAAUUUCUCGUCCCCAGUAUGUACAUUGUUAAUCUUACACAGAGGGUGUUUUCUUAAUUGGAUUUAGGGAAUACCACUCAAAACAAAUCUGUAUAUAAAUAAUAAGAGACCUGAUGGCACUUUGCUGACAAAACAAAAAACCCAACAGAAUUAAUUCCAGAUGACUUAAAAAUGAACAGGCUGAGUAACAAAAACAGAUGUGGAAGCCAGUCUAUAAAAGGGGUAUCAGCGACAGAAAUACAAACUACUACUAGAUUAUUUACUAGUGUGAGGCUUUUUUUGUUUGCUGUGUCCAGUUUUACAGACCAUGAUUUCAGAAUACCACGUGUAUUUCAUAGAUACGUCACGGAACAGGCGUUAAAUGGUACGUGGUCUUAGUAAGAGUAGCUACCAGGAAAUCAUGUACCAAUUGUUGGUCCAUGAAUCUGGGCUACAGAACAAUGUGCAGUAUUGUGAUAAACAAGUCAUCUGAUAACCAACAGGGAUAUGUGCUCAAGCAUUUAAUGUCACAAUUGUAGCAGAUUCUGUCAUAUGACUGUUCUCAUACAGAGACUGCUGUUAUUAGAACAAUCUGAGACGAGGGAGGAUUGCAUUCAUGUGAUUAUUCUAACACUGGCCAUAUUGCGUUUGUGAUUAUUCUAGCACUGGCCAUAUUGCGUUUGUGAUUAUUCUAGCACUGGCCAUAUUGUGUUUAUGUGAUUACUAGAACAUUGGCCAUACUGCCUUUGUGAUUAUUAAGACUGGCCAUGUUGUGAUCGUGUGACCAUUCUGAGACUGGCCAUAUUGUGUUUAUGUGAUUAUUAUAACACUGCCAAUACUGUGUUUAUGUGAUCAUUUAGCACUGGCUAUAUUGUGAUCAUAUGUUUAUUCUAACAAUGGCCAGUGUUGUUAAGUGGUUCUUACACCGGUUGGGUAAUGUGGUCACUCUGACACUGGCCAUAUUGUGUUUACGUCAUCGUUUUGAGACAGGCCGUAUUGUGUUUCCGUUAUCAUUCUGACACUGGCCAUAUUGUGUUUACGAACUCAUUCUGAGACUGGCCAUAUUGUGUUUACAUUAUCAUUCUGACACUGGCCAUAUUGUGUUUACGAACUCAUUCUGAGACUGGCCAUAUUGUGUUUACAUUAUCAUUCUGACACCGGCCAUAUUGUGCUUACGAGCUCAGAAACCAGAUAAUUCUAAGACUGGCCGUAUUGUGUUUUUGUUAUCAUGAUGAGACCGGCCGUAUUGUUUUUAUGUGAUCAUUCUGACACUGGCCAUAUUGUGUUUGUUAUUCUGACACUGGCCAUAUUGUGUUUGUUAUUCUGACACUGGCCAUAUUGUGUUUAUGUUAUUCUGACACUGGCUAUAUUGUGUUUAUGUGAUCAUUCUGACACUGGCCGUAUUGUGUUUCCGUUAUCAUUCUGGCACUGGCUAUAUUGUGUUUAUGUUAUUCUGAGACUGGCCAUAUUGUGUUUAUGUGAUCAUUGUGAGAAUGGUAAAAUGGUCAUGAAACCAUUCCAACAGUGGGCAGAUUGAUUUUUUUAGAGGUGGUCAUGUUAAACACUGGCCUUAUUGUAGUUAGACCAUUUUGUCACUGGGCAGAUUGCUUUGAUGUGACCAUUUAGAGGUCAGGAUUGAUUGCAGUGAAGUGACCAUUCGGAGAUUGGCCAUAUUGUGGUCAUGUGACUAUGUAAAGAAUUGGCAGAUUGGCAUCAUGUGACUGGAUAAUAGGGCAGAUUCUCAUCAUGUGACUAUGUGAAGAAUGAAACACUUUGUGAUUAUAUGACUAAAAAGGAUGGGCAGAUUCCUAUUGUGACCAGCGGAUUGCGGUCAUGUGACCAUUCUAACUCUGGGCAGAUUGCUGUCAUGGUACUAUUAGGAGAAUAGGAUAGAUUGCGGUUAAAUGACCAGCCUGAGACUGUGUAGAUUGCAAUUGUAGGAAGAAGCGGUAAGAGAAGAAUGGUGAGAACAAGCUGAAAAAUUGCCAAAACAUGAUUUUGUUUUGUCUGUGGAUGUGUGUACGGUAAAAUCACAUUUAUUUUGGUCUGGUCUGGCCUUAGUUACCCACUGCAAUCAUUGGUCUAUAAGCACUGUACCUCCGCCAUCUCAGGGUGGAUUAGGCACUGAACCUUUUCCCACAUACCCAAACUAGGUCUAGCGCUAGAUCUCCGUAUCAUUGAAGUGAACCCAGACUUGGUCCUGUAGAAUUACCAGCCUAUGAAAGCUAACGCAGGUGUUGUUCAUUUCAAAGUAACUAAAUUAGGGUAUUGGAGAGUCUGAUUGGAAAAAUGAGAGACAUCUUGACCUGUGUGUCUUUAACCAUUUGACAGAGGCUUUGAGUUGGAGUAUAGGAGAUACUCACACUGAGCUUUCUCUGGUUCACACAGAAGCAGGUUGUGCUUUCUAGUUUGCCAUCAGUUGUUGGAUGGUUCAUUGAUUCAUCAAAUGUUUCAUUGCCUUCUGUUUUAACUCUGGGGGACACAGCUUGGGGCAUUUAAUAUGCCAAAUUUAGAGAGAAACUGACAUGAUCACUGUCUGGUGUUGGGAUAAGAAGAUGCAAACAGGAUAAAAAGAAUGGAAAGAACAUAAACAACAAAUAUAUAUAUCCCCUAGUAAGGGAAAUAUCCCCAGAUAACCAAAACAAUAUGGGGUUGAAAUAAAGUUUAAAGUUAAAACGAAUACAAUAGAUGAAACUAAUAGAGAAAUAUUCAGUAUACCCUUGUAAAAUGCUGGAUCCCAGGAUUGUAAGGCAAUAGGACUACAAUUGUAUCAAAUUAUCUCACUAUAAAUCCUGUCCUAAUAGACAUGGAGACAGUAUCAUGGUUACUGUAGCCCAAAGUUUUGUAACUAUAUUUGUAACAGUAGAAAACAAAAUCACAGAGAUACGGUACAGGGCUUUAGAAGGACACUGAUGAGGGUAUGAUAAUGGUGAGAUAAAACUAAAGUCCUAAAUUGCCUUCAAGGGCGCUAGAUAGUGGAAUAUAGCCUAAACAUUGAUAUUAACCAACACUUAAAGCAAUAGAGAACAGGGAGAUAAUAUUUUGCCUAAAUUAAACUAAACUCGUGCCUUCAAGGGCACCUGAUUGACUUCCUUCUAACAGCUAAAUACACUUAUGCUAGUCACAUAUUUCUAAAAUAUAGUAGGAUACAAAACACAGAUGGUUGCUACAGUAAAAAUAUCGACUAAUCUAUGAGCCACACAUUCCCACGUACUAAAGGGACUGAUAUGUUAACCAAACAUUAUCGAUACUGUAGAAAGGCCACUGAGCCUCUGACAAGCCUUUCACCAGAGUGGCCCAUCCUCUCUGAUGACUAUACUAGAUAUUUCUCAUAUUAGUUUAAUCUAUUGUAUUAAAACCUGACCUUUUUUUAAAUACAGUUAUAAUUACUUCAACCCUAUAUUGUCUUGGUUAUCUCGGGAUAUUUACCUUAUUUGGGAACACAUAUUGUUUAUCUCUUUAUUUCCAUUCUUGCAACUCACUAGUUAGGGGUUAUCCCUCAUUUUCUUGAGUUUUCCCUUGGCUCAUUUUUGCCUUUAUAAUGAACCAGGAUACAAAAAAAAAAAAAAAAAGCCAACCUUCAAUCCUUGUCACUUGAUCUCACACCAGAUAUAUUUAUCAGCUGACCACAAUAUGCACAUUGGCUUAGGCAAGCUUACCUAAUGGACUCCAGGUGGUUAAGUUGGGCUUUGCCCUCUUGUUUUGAAGCUGGUGGAAGCAAAUAAGGCUCCAGCUCAACAUAUUUUCUGCAAAACGAAUAUGGUAGCUGUGCUGGCCCUAUAGAAACCAGAUAUGUCUUCAUGCUCUUUGUUUUAAUGUAGAGGACUUCCUGGCAGGUGGGUCCACAAGCCGCAACAUUUAUCAAUUGCUAUAACCCAACUGUCAUACUCUGGCCUUGCCUGAUCAUCGGAUAGAUCUUGGCUACCCAGAUUUUCUGUUGGGCUGCUACAAUAAAUGUCACAAGUUACUUUGUGAGACCCAGUCCAUACAGUACUCUAGGAAUCAUCCUCUGGUGGCUGUUCUUUUCACAGUGUUCAUUUAAUCACUAAAAUGUGUAGAACACUGUGGAGAUCUGUGUCACAUGCAGUACACAAAGAGGAAGAUCAGACUGGUCUUCAAAAUGUCCUCGAUAUAGUGUUUUGCCCAUGGGACAAUUUAUUUGAUGGUUGUAAGGGACAGAGCAAAUGCAGUGUACACCAUCGGUGACCAAGGCAUUAUGCAUGGUCUCAGACACACUGUAUGCAAUAUCCUCCAUGGAGAUUAACUCCGGUGAAGAUGUUAAUUUGUGCCUCUGCAGUGAUGAUACCAUGUGGGAUAAACCACCACAAUGGGGAGAAAACUUUUACCCUUGUGCCUAGGGGUGACCAAAGACCACGUCUUCUCAAAAGUGAUGAUCCACUUAUUUCCCAGUGGAUUCUUUGUCUUUAGACAGACACAGGAGCACCAGGAGGGGAAGACAUGUGCAUUUUGCACUAGGCACUUGGUUUUAGGUUGGAGAUAGUGAAGUAAUAUGCAUGGUUUAGCGCAAAAUUGGAGAAUGGAUGGCCACAUCUAAUCUCAGUAUCAAGUUCUCAAACUGGAAAAUUUCACUUAGAGAGAUUUCUACAGAACAUAUUUUGAAGAACAAAACUGAAAAUAUAAAUCGAACUUUAAGACCCUUCAAUUUCAGGUGCUAUGGGAUAUAUUGGUGCUUUAAACGUGAAAUAUUAUUUAUAACAGAUUAUGUACUGGUGAACGGGUUUGUUUUUGUACAGGUAAUAGUGUAUAUUGUGUCAUUCUAACAAUAUCCACACAUAUUUCAGCACAGCAGCAAUUUUACAAACUGUAUUCCCAAAGACAGGUAAAGUCUUGAGAGUGAGAGUGAGUGAGUGAGUGAGUGAGUGAGUGUGUGUGUGAGUGAGUGUCCGUCCGUGUCCGUGUCCGUGUCCAUAAAAAAACAAACUUGGGGAUAGGGGGAGGAAAUGCCAUAUAAUUUAUGCCCCUUCACUAUUUAUGCAACAAAACAUUUAUUUUUAUAGGUGUGUUUUUUUUCCUUGUGUCUGGGGCUAGCUUUGCAUAAAUAAAUGUUCACUGUGACAUUGAUACCAUUAAUCCAAUGGGGUAGUUAAUGGCUUAGUAAAAUUAGUGCUCUUCUAAUUAUUAGUUUACACAAAAAAAAAAAAAAAAAAAGUUCUCAAUACAGCAAUGGCAAAGCAUUGCAGGUAAUACAAAUGGAGUACCAAGACUGUCCAUUGUCAUCACUGCUAUAUAUCAUGAUCCAUGCCCAAACCUGCUAAUUGUUUAAGUAAUGUGAAGGGCACAGCUUUACCAUAUGAUCUUGAUUUGUCCACUGACAGACUUAAAUUCGCAGCAAUUCCGUCAACUUCCGUGUUUAUAGCUAUCGCUUACUCUUACUGAUCCCGAUUCAACCCAUUUUGAUUAAAGUGCUUUGAGUAAGACAUUAUGCAUGAAAUGUAUAUUGAAUUAAUGUAGCCUGAUUUCUUUGAUCUGUCCUGUAGGUAUAACUUUUACAUUUAAAAAAGAGUUGGGACUAUUAUAGAGGGAUACAGAUUCCUAUCUUAUUCUUAUUGUAUGUACAAUGCAUGUAACGGAAUUCUAUUAAAAUAUUCUUUAGGUUUUGGGAAUGUCAAACGUUCGAUUUAUCCGCUAUAGUUACCGCUUUCAAUUUUAGAGGAUUUAUAAGAAGGAGCUCAGUAUGUGACGUGCCCGCUUCCUACAAAUAUUUUUGUUUAUAAAAGAAAUUUUAUGUGUUACAAAUAUUGUAAUCUUCCCAGUAAUUUGUCAUGCAUUCUUAAAAACUUAAUGUGCAAUAAAACGGAAUAUUUGAAGUGA